AUGCAUGCGACUCUAUCACUAAUUCCUUUACGCGCAGACAACAUAGACUAUGAUGAUAUCAAGCUAUAUAUCAAGGAGCAAACCACGCCAGGCAAAGGAAAGACUAUUUCUGUGCCGGGUCGCAAUGAUGAGAAGCUUCAGCAUUUCGAGCACGCACUCUUCAUUACUCUGCAGGAUCAGCAUCACAGAAUUGAUCUUUUCGUGAAAAGCAAAGCGGGCGAGAUCCAGCGGCGGCUGAGACAUUCAGAGCGGCAACUACAACAACUGAGCUCACGGGUCACGACCUCGGCAGAUCAGCGUAUACCCGUGGGUCGCCUGGAGAGGUAUGGCAGGCUCGAGAACGAUGUGAUCAAGGCUGGCGAUGAGAUCAAGUCACUUGCCAGAUUUACCAGCACACAACGAACUGCCUUCCGUAAACUUCUGAAGAAGUACAAGAAAUGGACUGGCUCCACAUCUCUGGAGGAUCGGUUCCGGGAAGAAGUCCUGGAUGACCCUAAGAGCUUCACGAAGCUUGAUCUUGGACCAUUACUUGACGAGUACUCUACUACGUUACAGCAGAUCCGGACACUUUACGAGACACGGAUACAACAAAAGUCGGCUGCACCCAAGAAGGAUGACCAGCCAAUGGCAGGGUCCUCGACCAUCUCUAGGUUACAGGCGGCUAUGAACUCUGGAUCGAAGACCGAACUCGAUACCGCUAUCGCCACUGUCCCGCUAGGCGAAAACGGCACUUUCGCGAGCUACCUUGUACACCCGGAAAAUGUCGUAGAACUUCAAGUCCUGCUGCUCCAGCAUUCGAGAUAUUUCCUAGCUCGGAGUCGUUCGAACUCGAUCACUUCACCAGUUUCGCUCUCACCAAAGGAUGACGUCUUCAAUCAGACCACGGAUGAGGGCGCCGACUAUUUUGCAAUCGAGGCUGACGAAGCAGAGCGACUUGCGAAGGAGCAGAAUGGCCUGACUGUGGAUCAGCGCGAGCACAGCAUUGGUUCGACACCCCAGAAAGCGCGGGUGUGUGUCCGGUGGGCGUCAGAUGAGGAAGCUCAAGUCGCCUAUCGUAAGCCCAAUAACCAGUGUCAGUACGCUGAGAUGAAGAAGAAAGCUGUGACGGCACUUUUCGACCCAUCGUCUGCGUUCUCAGCGAUCAAGUCCGCGAUGAAGCCAGAUUCCGAACAAGCGUUAACAGCGAUACGUCGUGAGGUACAGCAAGAUAGUGGCCUGAAGCCGCUGCACAAGUACUCAUGUUGCCGAACUAGACUCGUCGGGACCGAAAACAGCGACCAGAAACACAUGCUUGCCACUCUCGAUACGCAGAUUGUCAUACAGCAGACUGGCGAUAGCAGCAGUAAAUCUAGCUUUCCUUUCGCAGUCCUGCUCGUCCGACAAGAAGGUGCAUAUCACGCCGGAUUACUGACCGCACUCGAUCAGAGCCACCUAGUAGAGCGUGUCCGUGGCUUCUCGCUCGAAUACCACGCCAUAUGGCUCACAUCAAAGUCCGCCGAGAUCCCAGCACCUCUCUGGCUUCCCAUGCUGGAGCGCGAUAUCCGCAAGCUGCCACCUCCAGCCAUGAAACGCACAUCCAGUAGCGCCAUUCAGACACCUGCAUCUAGGGACUCCGCCAACAAUAUCACUGACAGUACGACUGCUGUAGAGACCACACGUAGUGAUUCUAUCACUCAACAGUCCGAGCUGGAAGUACCACCACUUCGCUCCUUCCGCAAGAAGCGCCGACGGAAUCUCCCGGAAGCAACAGCACAUCAAGAGACGAGGUACUGGAGUGAAUAUGAUCACCCUGAAGAGCCGGAAGAUGGUGAUUCGAGCGGCUACGCCAUUUACAUUGACCCAAACGAAAAAUCGGGCUUCGACGAGUUCUUCGAUCGCCUGGGCCGAUUGUUCAAGCGUAAACGGCCAGCAGAAGAAGAGCCCAUGCUGAGUGGCCAAACUUCGCCCAAAGACGAUGAAACUUCAGACGACGAUGACGAAGUGGUAACCGUUAAGCCUCGCCAGAAAUCGUACGGGACACUUGGUCUUUCCACCAGCCGCAACGCCUCUGGGCGAUCACAGCAUCGCUCAGACCUCGAAGCUCAGACUCAGACGAACGUGACCAGUAUCGCUCAUAUCCGGAGCGUCUGCUACAUCGCUUCAUUGGUCAUUCUGCUUGUGGCGCUCAUGCUGGCCACGACUGGGAGACACAAACUCCGAUACGAGGUGAACGUUGGCGUCAUCUUCGCCAUCAGCAGCAGUCUGUUCUUUGCCAUCGCAGGCUUCGCUACUCUACUUCGCCAGCAGGACGUUUCUUACACAGCCUGGGCUGUUGGUAUACUGGUGCUUGUUAUCGACGCUAUAGGCUCGGGUGGCUUGCUUGCUUGGAUGCUUGGCUAG